AUGUCCGGCCGGGCGCCAGCAGGCGAAGAGGAAGAGCUCUCCUCCAGCAAGAGCUCCAGGAAGAGCUCUCGAUCGCCGCGAGCAGGACUUCUGUUCCCGGUAGGGCGCAUCCAUGGGAUGAUGAAAAAGAGGAACAUUGGUGAUCGUAUCAGUGGUACCGCCCCCAUAUACAUGGCGGCGGUGCUGGAGUACUUAACUUCGAAAGUGCUCCAGCUGGCGGCGAUCGCGGCUCGCGACAAUGGCCAGAUCAAUCCUUGCCAUAUAAAAAUUGCUGUGCGCAGUGACAACGACUUCAAGAAGCUCCUGUGGGGUGUGACUAUGGCCGAUGGGGGCACGCUACUGGAGCUCUGCGACGGAAGUCAGCCGCGCUGCAACGGCUCCGAAUGCGCCGAUGCGGCUUCUGGAAGGAUGCCAGAGUGA